AUGUCUUCUUCGUUUGCUGCCGGAGAUGAGAGUGUAAGAGAAUACCCCAAGCAGCUCAUGAGCUAUCACAUUGUAGUGGUUGUCUUCGAGCGUCUACAACGGCGCGCAGACCCUAAAGUGCUGGAAGAGCAACAACAAGCCGUGAAUGAGCGCAUGCAAGCUAUCUAUCAGAAGGCCCAAAACCGACUUGCUGAAUUGAUCGACGAGAACUCGACUCUGCCAUGCACCAUCUCCUCUGUCCAGGUCACAAAUGCUCCCCACACUCGCCGAAGCUUCCUUGAGCGCAACUUGAGCCCACUUUUGAGCGCAAACAAGGGUCGGCCCUACACACUGUCCGAGGCGUUGCGGGAAGUAUCGGCUACCGCAGAUAAACUUGGGCGAUUUGACCUGUUCCACCAGCCUAUUUCUGUCUACUUAGAUGAGUCCAAGGGCGAGAAUGGCAUGCGUAACAUUGACGUCUACUUGGCCACGCGAGAGAAGUCCCGCGUGCUGCUGAAGACCGGAACGGACUUGGGCAAUGCAGAGGGCUCAGCUUAUGGUAACCUUCUUUGGCGCAAUGUCUUUGGCGGUGCCGAGACUUUGAACCUGAACGCUUCGCUUGGUACCCGCACACGGUCCGCUUACCAGGCCGCUUUCGAGACCCCGAUUUUGGGAGAUCCCGACUUCCGGCUCGAAAUUGGUGGCAUUGCAAGCUCCACACAAAAGUCUUGGGCGAGCCACGAAGAGGUCCUGAAGGGCGGUUGGAGCAAGCUCCGAUGGGUGUCCAAAUCAGGCCACCGCCACGAACUGGGCUACAACGGUUUCUGGAGACAGCUCACCGGUCUUGCUGAGAAUGCUUCUCCUACUGUUCGUGCUGAUGCAGGUGAUAGCGUCAAGAGCAGUAUCUUCCACAGCUGGGUAAAUGACCAGAGGGACAAUGCUCUCCUGCCUUCUCGUGGCUAUUACGCUAAGGUCUUCAACGAACUGGCCGGAUUUGGCCCGCUCAAGGGGGAUGUUUCUUUUUUCAAGUCUGAAAUUGAGACCCAAGGUGCCAUUCCUAUUCCAAUCCCCGGAAUUAAGGGUGACAGCGGCGUCAGCCUGACUACUGGAUUCCGUGCCGGUCUCCUCUACCCUCUGGGUCUGGAAUCCAACCCUCGUCCUCAACUUUCUCGUGUCAAUGACCGCUUCCAGCUUGGUGGACCUACCGAUGUUCGUGGGUUCCGUCUCUGCGGUCUCGGUCCUCGCGAGGGAGUUGAUUCCUUGGGCGGUGAUGUAUACGCCGCUGGAAGCGCCAACCUGCUUUUCCCUCUUCCCCGACUUGGAGCUGAGAAGCCCGUGCGUUUCCAGGCCUUUUUGAACGGUGGCCGAUUGCUCCCCUUGCAAACCUCGCAGAAAGCCGCCCCUACCACUAAUGGCGAGGUGCAAAAUGCCAUGGCCUCUACUCUCUCUGAACUACAAAACGGUCUGCCCAGCGUUGCAGCUGGCUUCGGUAUUGUGUAUGCCCACCCUGUCGCUCGCUUUGAACUCAACUUCUCCCUGCCUUUGGUGGUGCGGAAGGGCGAAGAAGGCCGCAAAGGGCUCCAGCUGGGCAUUGGUAUCAACUUCCUUUAA